UCUGGUAGUUAAAAAAUGAACAACAAUCUUACAAAUUUUUUCAUUUUUCAUUGAAAUUAAACACUUAAGUCCAAUAGCAUAGUUUUUGGGGUAUUUAAUAAAUAUAAGAUCUUGAGCUAAAAAUUGAAGAAAAGAAAGAAGAGUUGCAGGUAGUUUAAGCCUUCAACAAUUACAAUAACAAUGGUGGAUUAUCGAAAGGUACUGUUUGGUGUGUGUUUGAUCAAUGUAUUGUUGAUUUGGAGUUAUACCUCGGCGAGGCCGAAGUCAACGCCAAUGGCCGAACCAUUGACGAAAUACAAAGAUCCAAAUAAACCAGUUGAAGUUCGAGUUGAAGACCUUCUUAGUAGAAUGACUUUGGAAGAGAAGAUUGGUCAAAUGACUCAAAUCGAUCGUUCUGUUGCUUCUUUUCAUGUCCUCAAGAAUUACUCCAUUGGGAGUGUGUUGAGUGGGGGAGAAAGUGUGCCUUUCCGAGGAGCAACAGCUAAAGAUUGGAUGAACAUGAUCAACGAAUUCCAGGAAGGUGCCUUGGCUAGUCGUCUAGGGAUACCGAUGUUUUAUGGAAUAGAUGCUAUUCAUGGCAAUGCCAUUGUUUACAAUGCCACUGUAUUUCCCCAUAACAUUGGUCUUGGAGCUGCUAGAGAUGCAGAACUUAUCAGGAGAAUUGGUGCUGCAACUGCCUUGGAAGUUAGAGCUACAGGGAUUUCAUACGCGUUUGCUCCUUGUAUAGCCGUUUGUAGGGAUCCAAGAUGGGGUCGUUGCUACGAGAGUUACAGUGAAGAUCCUCAGAUUGUGCAGGAGAUGACAGAUAUAAUCUACGGUUUACAGGGUGAAAAUCCUAAAAAAGGCAUACCUUAUGUUGGUGGAAGGGACAAAGUAAUAGCUUGUGCUAAGCAUUAUGUGGGUGAUGGAGGGACAACUAAUGGCAUUGAUGAGAGUAACACAGUUGUAGACACUGCUGGGUUGUUUAAAAUUCAUAUGCCUGCUUACCUUGAUGCUAUCAAUAAAGGUGUGUCGACGAUUAUGGUCUCCUUUUCUAGUUUGAAUGGGAAAAAGAUGCAUGCUCAUCGUGAUUUAGUCACUGGUUAUCUCAAGAACACGCUCCAAUUCAAGGGGAUUGUCAUCUCAGAUUGGGAGGGACUGGAUAGGAUGACUACUCCAAAUCACGCCAACUAUACAAACUCUGUCUUGGCUGGAAUUCAAGCUGGAUUAGACAUGGUUAUGGUCCCCAACAACUAUAAUGAAUUUAUGGACAUACUUAUCAACCUGGUUAAGAACAACUACAUUCAUAUGGGACGCAUUGAUGAUGCUGUGAGAAGAAUUCUGCGUGUCAAGAUCAUUAUGGGUCUAUUCGAAAACCCUAUGGCUGAUUAUAGUCUGGUUCAUGAGCUUGGAAGCCAGGCUCAUAGAAACUUGGCAAGGGAGGCGGUAAGAAAAUCUCUUGUGCUGCUUAAGAAUGGCAAAGAAGGUGAUAGCACAUUACUGCCACUUCCUAAAACAGCAUCAAAGAUACUAGUAGCCGGUACCCAUGCUCAUAAUUUAGGUUAUCAAUGUGGUGGAUGGACAAUUAGUUGGCAGGGAUUUCUGGAAAAUAAUGACACUAGAGGAACUACAAUACUGGAUGCUGUUAAAUCAGCUGUCCACCCAAGUACAGAAGUUGUAUACAAGGAUCACCCAGAUGAAAAUUUUGUGAGCUCCAACAACUUCACUCAUGCCAUUGUCGUAGUUGGUGAGCUCCCUUAUGCAGAGUGGCAGGGAGAUAGCCAGACACUCACAAUGACUGAACCAGGCCCUGCCACCAUCAGCAAUGUCUGCGGGUCUAUCAAGUGUGUCGUCGUUGUUAUCUCUGGCCGCCCUAUUGUCAUCGAGCCUUACAUGGCUUCCAUUGAUGCCUUAGUUGCUGCAUGGUUGCCUGGUACAGAAGGACAAGGAGUUACCGAUAUGCUGUUUGGUGACUACGAGUUCACUGGAAACCUACCAAGGACAUGGUUCAGAACAGUUGAUCAACUCCCCAUGAAUGUUGGAGAUCUGCGCUAUGAUCCUCUUUUCCCCUUUGGAUUCGGCCUGUCAACUAACAAAGUACGCUUAUCAGUUAGAGAUUCAAUAUGAAUGAUAAGAUUCCUGAAUACUUAACCAAAAACAAUUUUUAUUUCAAAGAAUAGAAGUAUUAUACUGUUACUGGUUUGGUUACACUUAGGCUAUACAGACAUAAAGUGACAUAGAAAAAUUCUUUCUGUAUAGUAUUUCUAAUUUUGUGUACGUGUAAUGGUGUAAAAUACAUCAAAAACUUGUACUUCAUAUAUAAAAGAACCUGCAAAUUUUCUUUGGGUUCAAAUA